AUGAAACACAAUAUUGAUGAGGAAAUCCAAGUCACUUAUCUAGUCUUUGUCUUCAAGGAGGCGCCCGGGGCCAUCCAUGGCCGGGCCGGGGACAGGGGUGCCCAGGAAGCCGAGGGUCCCCGGCGGAUCAAGCGGGAGAAGCGCGACGAGGGAUACGAGGCGGCUGCUAGCUCAAAGGCCAGCUUGGGGGAUGCUUCUCUCAGCAUCGAGGAGACCAAUAAACUCCGAGCUAAACUUGGGCUGAAGCCUUUGGAAGUCAAUGCCAUCAAAAAGGAAGUGGGCAGUAAGGAGGACCCUGUGGCAGCCGAGGUGAUCAACCCAAUUGUGCUAAAGCAGAGGGAGGAGAUCCGGGAGAAACUAGCAGCUGCUAAGGAGAAGCGGCUUCUCAACCAGAAAUUAGGGAAAAUCAAGUCUUUGGGAGAGGAUGACCCCUGGCUGGAUGACACAGCAGCCUGGAUCGAGAGGAGCCGGAAGCUGCAGGUGGAGAAGGACCUGGCUGAGAAGAGGGCCAAACUCCUUGAAGAGAUGGAUCAGGAAUUUGGCAUCAGCAGUCUUGUUGAAGAAGAGUUUGGACAGAAGAAGAAGGAUCGCUACAGCUCCCGGGACCUGCAGGGCCUGACAGUGGAACACACCAUUGAUUCCUUCCAGGAAGGAGAGACUGUUAUAUUGACACUCAAAGACAAAGGUGUCCUGCAGGAGGAGGACGAUGUCCUGGUAAACGUCAAUAUUGUGGACAAGGAGAAAGCCCAGAAAAAUGUGGAGCUGCGGAAGAAAAAGCCGGAGUACAAGCCGUAUGAGGAGGAGAGUGUGGAUGACAUGGCCAUUUAUAAGCACAAGAACAUCCUGUCCAAGUAUGAUGAAGAGAUUGAAGGGGAGAAGAAGAAAUCUUUCAAGCUGGACUCGUGUGGCAUGGCAGAUGGCUCAUGGGAGCGGGAGCUGCAGCAGGUUCGCGAUAGCCUGCGGAGCCAAGCCCAGAGCCUGGACAUGCCUAGUCUACAGCUGGCCUCGGAGUAUUUCACCCCAGAAGAGAUGAAUGUCACCUUCAAGAAGGUCAAACGGCGGGUGAAGAAGCUGCGGAAGAAGGAGAAGCCGGUGAAAGCAGAUGAUCUAGUACCUUUGGGCAAUGAGACUAAGGCGAAUGACUUUGGCUCCCGGUUACGGGGCCGAGGGAGGAGAGUCCACAGGGAGAGGGAGAGAGAGGAGGAGGUGGAGGAGGAGGAGGAUGACGAUGACGAUGAAAGAGACAUAGAGCAGAAUGCGAACCAGGCUGCAGACCUACCACUCCAGUCAGAUGACAACCGGGUGGAGAACAUGGAAAUCAGCAGUGAUGAAGAUGCUGAGAAGGUGCCCAAAUCCCCAGUUGCCCUGGAGGAGGAUGAAGCAGAGCAGGAGUUACAGAAGCAGCUGGAGAAAGGCCGUAAGCUCCGGCAGAUGCAGCAGCUGAAGGAGAGUGGGGAGAAGGUCAUUGAGAUUGUCAAGAAGCUGGAGACACGCCGUAGCCGGGAGGAUGACGAAGAGCUGGAGAAGAAAGGAGCGAUAGUUUUCAAUGCCACUUCAGAGUUCUGCCGCACACUGGGAGAGAUCCCCACCUAUGGGCUGGCAGGCAACCGUGAGGACCAGGAGGAGCUCAUGGACUUUGAACGGGAUGAUGAGAGGUCAGCAAAUGGAGGCUCGGAUUCUGAUGGCGAAGAAAACAUCGGCUGGAGCACAGUCAACCUAGAUGAGGAGAAACAGCAGCAAGAUUUCUCAGCAUCCUCUACCACUAUCCUGGAUGAGGAGCCCAUAGUGAACCGGGGCCUAGCUGCUGCCCUCUUGCUUUGCCAGAAUAAAGGCCUGCUGGAGACGACCGUGCAGAAGGUGGCCAGGGUGAAGGCCCCCAACAAGUCGCUGCCCUCUGCUGUGUACUGCAUUGAGGAUAAGAUGGCCAUUGAUGACAAGUACAGCCGGCGGGAGGAGUACCGGGGCUUCACCCAGGACUUCAAGGAGAAGGAUGGCUACAAGCCUGAUGUCAAGAUUGAAUAUGUGGACGAGACAGGUCGCAAGCUCACCCCAAAGGAGGCCUUCCGGCAGCUCUCUCACCGUUUCCAUGGGAAGGGCUCUGGGAAGAUGAAGACAGAGAGGAGAAUGAAGAAGCUGGACGAGGAGGCGCUGCUGAAGAAGAUGAGCUCCAGUGACACCCCCUUGGGCACAGUGGCGCUGCUGCAGGAGAAGCAGAAGGCUCAGAAGACGCCCUACAUCGUGCUUAGUGGCAGUGGCAAGAGCAUGAACGCAAAUACCAUCACCAAGUGAGUUACCAGCACCAAUCCUGGAAGCAGAUGCGGCUUGCACACCAGCUCCCAACUGGUCUAACUUUGUGCAUCCUUGGUUCUGAGGGUGGAGAGUCUGUACCGUCCUGGGGGCGGUGCUCCAAUCCUGCCCCAACCUCACCAUGGACCCACAGGUUGUAGAAUGGGAAGUCAAGGGGGAGGAUGACUUCCCAUGGUGUUGUGCUCCCUUGAGUGGCUUCCACCUUUCAGUAUCUGCUGUGGGGGUGUCAUACUGUCCUACACCAUAGAAGGGAGUUGUCCCUAAGCAAGACACUGGGGUGCAAUAUGUUAAACUCUCCCUUCAACUCUUGAUGACUUGGAUGCAGGCUGACCUGUCCCUGCAGGGCUAGGACUAUGUAUAUAGUUGAGAAGCUGUGAUUCUUAGCAUCAAAACCUUGUUUUUUGUAUUGAUGUGAAACCAAAUCGUUCAUUAAAAGCACCAAUUCCUGUCUGGGAGUUGGGCCCUAUUCUUGUC